GUACAGAGUUAAUUCUCUUUGCAUCCCGAAAUCUAUUUUGAAGCUUCUGCUGGCCUCGAAAGCUAGCAUAUCACGUAGGGGCGAGUAUAAACCAUGAAAGGGUGAAAUGACGAAAUAACACUACCAUUAGCCUAAAUGGCACUCAGGUUAGCCUAAAUAUCACUGACUCGAAAGUGUUAGUUCGCAAUAAGUAUAAGGGUUAAUCCUUUAAGACACCUCUUACCCUUAGCGCCAUUUCAUCAUUGGGCCUUUUCGUGUUUUAAACGGCGCGCCCAUAGCGUAGCAUAGCGCUGCGGUCAUAGUAAGAAACCGACUUUAAAGACACCGGCGUUGACAGUUGACCAUAAUAUCAACCAGUGAUAUAGGCGCGAUUUCCGUGUUCUCCAGAUUCGUUGUUUGUGGGCGAGUUUUCCCUGCCGCUGGUGAUCAAUCUAACCAUGAUACUAACGAAUAUUUUGAGCGGGGGAGUGUCAGCCGAAUUGAAUAUCAAAAAAACAAGGUGCCGAAAAGAGAAACGCCACAGAACGUGAUAACUAGAGGUGAACAGAAGGUCAGAUAACAAGGUGCUGACGAUGAAAACAGAAUGUUGACACUAACUACUUCUCACACAAUAUAAUCCGGCUCUUGUGCAAUUUGUUUUUGUCAUUCAUAUUGCCUCUAAACAAAUUGCUAAAUUUUCCCCGCCAUCUCUUAUGCCCAACCCUUCCCUGCGGUAUGAAUAAUGAUAAAAUGGUUGCCCGCAAAGAUCCGAAUUGAGAUCCUUCCUACACCCACUAAAAUUCCCAGAAAAUUCUGGCAUUUCAGAAAAUGAGUCAGCUGGUUUCUCUUGAACACAGAAACUGAGGAUUAGAUAAUAAGAUACUGAAGGUUUUUUUUCGUAGAAAGUUUAGCAAGUAACCCACGAGCUCACAAAUCUGAAUGGUGAAAUCUUCUGUGAUAAACUAUCCGUACUUUCCAGAAGAUAUUAUAAUCUGAUAAGGUCUCUGUCCCAACUUUAUGAAAUUUAUUUUAUGUCUAAUAUGCUGGAUAAACUGAAUAGUUGUAGACUUCACCCAGAGUUGUUCUUCGUUCGUUUGGCUGCUUGUUUUGUCCUCAUUCCCUCAAAGUCAGACCCGCGAAGAGCAAGUGUCAAGGCCCUUGGCCUCUCUCCCCUCCCAUAAGAAAAACUCACAAGGUCUCAUGGGACGAUCAGACAAAGGUACUUCCCAGAGUGCCAUCAACCUCAUUUACUUCACACAUCAACACGCAUUCUUUUGAUCGGCGGUUGAGAGUUGGCUGAUCUUCGAAUUUUCUGCAGCAGUUUUAUCUCACCAUGGCGUUUUUCUGCCCCAUGAGAAUUCCAAGGAGACGGAGAAAACGGUAUCGAGAUGAAGAACAAAAAGACACCACUCGAAAUGGAAAUACUAAGGGACGGAUCACCGGCAGCAACAGUGUGGACUCUCUUGUGGAGGUAGGCAAGGAGGAAGAUGACGUCGAGAUUGAAUUUGAACCUCGCAAAAUGGUUGUCUUACACGAUUUCAUCCCUUGUGUCGAAGACGAGGUCGCCGUAAAGCGAGGCCAACAUGUCAAAGCUUUAUACCAAGAAACAGACUGGAUCUAUGUUAUAACUAACGAUGGUAAAGAAGGAUUUGUACCGUUUACAUACUGUGUUCCAGAAGAAGAAUACGAGAAAAGAAAAGAUAAACAAAAAGGUCUUCAAAGGAAUAAUUUCCGCAACGCCUCGUUCCUCGACUCAUUACAAGUGCAAACAGACCCUACACCGGCGUUUAAUUUUAGGAAAAAUGAUUUUGGUGAUUACGUUGUCAGAUUCGAGUUCACUGCUUGCGACGAGAACGAUAUCAACGCUCAGAAAGGAGACAUAGUUCGUGUACUAAACAAGGACGAUCAAGAUUGGUACUGGGUGGCAAAUAUGAAGGGUGCUGAAGGAUUCAUUCCCAAGGACUUUCUCGUUCCGUACGACAGACUUCAAAAUGGCGAUUCAAGUCCUUCUUCAAUCCAAAAUCUUCUGAAUGGAAGUAGGAGGUCAUUGGAGACUGAAGCUUCCCCGUCACCAACACAAGUAAGAAGUCCUUAUAGAGAAACAACACCAGAUUCCAACAGAUCAACCAAUAGCAGAGGCUCAUCUGCAGAACCUCUGUUAUUAAUCACCCCAUCCUCAAAUCGAAAUGGCUACAGUCCCGUUACUCCCAGUGAUCAAACAGAGUCGUUCCGCCAGCGUCGUAACACCAACGAACUCUUACUCUAUGGCCAAGAACUUGUUUGCACUGACACUUACAUAGGAAGGAGGGUGGAUGAACUAACUGUAAAUAAAGGUGACUGGAUUUAUGCUGACAUGAAACACAAAGAUAGCAGAGGUUGGAUGUGGGCGUAUUCACCAUCAAACAAGACACAGGGCUAUGUACCUAGAUCCUGUGUACGACCUCCUGCAACCACUCCUCUGUGAUGACCAAAUGCAUCUGCUUCGGGGAGGGUCUGAGGGGGAUUGCUGCCUUUCUUCACCAGUCCUUUAUGGAAAUUUGGAAGAAUGAGCAAUAGCUGGUUUGCAAUCAUUCUCUAAGAAUUUAAAUGACAGAGACACUGGUGGCUAUGUUGGAUGCCAGAAAAACUAAAGCUAAAUAGAAAUUCUUUAGUUAACAGUCAUCCGACAUGGUGGCCAUGACAUCAGUUGCAAACAAUCUAGUCAGUAAUAUCAUUCUUUACGCAUAUGUUUGCAGGCGUGUCCACAAAAGUGUUUUGUACAGUACAGAAUAGUUUUGAUACAAGCAGUAUUAUUUCUUUUCCAGAAUCUUUUCUUUAUUGGAUAUGGCUGGAAUUAUUUUGUGAAGAAAUGCUCUAAUAUAUAUAAUACAUGUAUAUAGCAAUUUUAUGCUAAUAUAAUGAAGAACAAAGUAUAGCAUCCAAAUGAAACAAGAAAAUCAUAAAACUAUUUGCACUUUAUUUCACAGUUCUUACAAAUGUUCAUGAAUUAACCACAUGUUUUAAAGUAAUGGCAAUCUGGGUGAUAUGUUCCUUUGUAGAGAAGUUCCAAAGCCAUGUUUUCUUCAUUAGCUAUGACAAAAAAAAUUGAUACUAAAUUGAAGUAAUGUGUCAUAAUUUUUGCAUGUAAGUUAUAGGGCUGUGAUUAAGUUUUGAGUCAACUUUAGCCUUGAUCUUCACACCUUUAAAAAACGUGUUAACUUUUUGGUGAAUUGUAUCAACUAUAGUCCAGUUCACCCAUAACGUCAAGGGUCCAUCAAACAUACUCAGCCUUAGCAGGUAUUACAGGUUACAGCCCUUAAUGACAGCCCUGACUUAUAGGGGCCAUGGAGCCUAGACAAGCAGUCUUUUUUCUAAUACUAUUUGAGCGUAGCUAAUUGCUUGCAGGUUUUAAAGAGUCUAAGAAACCUUUAUAAUGGAAAAGGCCCUAACGGAAUAUUUUAACAAAAUGUACAUUCCAUUUUAUGGAGUCUUGGAAUAGCCUGCAAAUUUGGGCAUAAAUCAUAGCAUUUUGCUUUUUAGACAUUAAGUAACUUUUUCAAUAUUUUUGUCACUGAUUAAAAUUGCCUGUUGUUAUAAAAUGUUUUGACUAGCGUGCAAUGUCACUCA